AUAAUAUUGUUUAUUUGUUUGUUUUUCGUGUGUGCAGAGAUACAAAUUUGGAAGAUUCGUCUUGCAAAUUUGUAAAAUUGCGGAUCUAUUGGUAUAGGAGUGCAGAUUUAGAAGAUUCGUCUUGCAAAUGUGCAGAUCUUGAUAUCUAGUUUUUUCACUUUUGCAACUAUAUAUCAAUGGAGCUCCGUCAAGAACGAUGCAAAAUUAUUUAAAAUUAUCCAAGAGCAGUUCAGAAGCGAUGCUAUUAUAGGUGUUUAAUUCUUGUAUUGAAAAUUUAAAUCUAUUAAGGGAUGAUUGUAAGUGCCAAAUGACUAUUACUCCUUAUUAUUUAAUAAAAAUCACUCCUCCCUACCGUUAAAAAAAAAAUAAAAAAAAUGAGACCGAGGGUCGUUGGUCUCAAUCUGCACGGUUACAACUAAGCCACGUCAUCUCCCGCCAAUUUCAACAUACAUUCUUCCCUUUUUACCCCUCUCCCUACCAGCAUCAUACCCUAACUACCAAGGGUAAAACAGUAAAUUUCAACCUCAAUUGAUUUUCCCAAGUAAAGGCGGUUGCUGUUCCUCUUUCUCUCUCCUCCUUCCUCUUCCUCCCUGUUUCUCUCUCCUCUGAAACUCCAUUGAAAGCGAAAAUAGCAGUAAUAGGAAUUGACGAAAAUGCUCCCGAGAACAAGGAGAGCAGCGUCGCCGAAGAUUGUGAUUGAGAGGGAUGAAAAUUCCGAAGAAAGCUCCUCUGAUGAAGAAGUAGAAGAUGAACAAAACGGCGUCGUUGAUGAUAGUGAAGAAGAUGAAGUUGAUGAACCAAUUGUUGAAAUUAAGAGUAGAGAGAAAAAACCCAUUACUAUUUCUCUUAAAAAAGUCUGCAAAGUAUGUAAGAAGUCAGGACAUCAAGCAGGGUUUCAAGGGGCUACUUAUAUUGAUUGUCCAAUGAAGCCUUGUUUUCUUUGCAAAUUGCCUGGGCAUACGACAAUGAAUUGCCCUCACCGUGUUGCUACUGAGCAUGGUGUCAUUCCUGCUCCUCGUAAAAGUACUCGUCAUUCAGUGGACUAUAUUUUCGAACGUCAGCUUAGGCCACAUGUACCUGCUAUCAAGCCAGGAUUUCUUAUACCAGAUCAAGUGACACGAGCAGUUAUCAGAUACCAUAGUAGACGAGUUACAUGUUUGGAAUUCCAUCCGACUAAUAAUAAUAUACUUUUAUCUGGUGAUAAGAAAGGUCAACUUGGAGUCUGGGAUUAUGAUAAAGUAUACGAGAAAAGAGUUUAUACAAAUAUUCACUCUUGCUUACUUAACACUAUGAGAUUUAGUUCAGUCAAUGAUGGAACUAUAUUUGGUGCAUCCUCUGAUGGAACCAUUAGCUGCACUGACUUAGAAACUGGAAUCUCAGAAUCAUUGAUGGACCUAAAUCCUAAUGGUUGGCAUGGUCCAAGCAGUUGGCGGAUGUUGUAUGGCUUAGAUAUCAACUCAGAGAAGGGGCUUGUUCUAGUUGCUGAUAACUUCGGCUAUCUGUACAUGUUGGAUACACGUACAAAGGAUAAAAUAAGGGAGGCUGUCUUGAUACAUAAAAAGGGUAGCAAGGUUGUAGGGUUGCAUUGUAACCCUAUCCAGCCAGAUCUUCUCUUGAGUUGUGGAAAUGAUCACUUUGCCCGCUUAUGGGAUCUCCGUCACUUAGAAGCUGGAUCUUCUCUUGGCAACCUUGCACACCGCCGAGUAGUAAAUUCUGCUUAUUUUUCUCCGCAUACAGGGAGCAAGAUUCUCACUACGGCACAAGACAAUCGUAUUCGUGUUUGGGAUUCAAUAUAUGGCAAUAUGGAGUCACCAAGCCGUGAAAUUGUACAUAGCCACGAUUUCAAUCGCCACUUGACUGCUUUUCGUGCUGAAUGGGAUCCCAAGGAUUCAUCAGAGUCUCUUGCUGUUAUUGGACGUUACAUCAGUGAGAACUACAAUGGCGUUGCUCUGCAUCCUAUUGACUUUAUAGAUGUGAGCACAGGGCAAUUAGUUGCUGAGGUGAUUGACCCGAAUAUCACAACCAUCAGUCCUGUGAAUAAACUGCAUCCCAGAGAUGAUGUUCUGGCGUCUGGUAGUUCAAGAUCUCUAUUUAUCUGGAGGCCUAAGGAUAAAUCUGAGGAUGUGCAACAGAAGGAUGAAAAGAAAACAAUUGUUUUCUGUGGGAAGGCCGACAGUAAACUAAAAAGGAAAUUUGGUGGUGAAAGUGAUGAAUCGGAUGAUGAAUCGUUCAAAUCAAAGGGUAAGAUGUCCAAAACAAAGUCAUCUGCCACCAAAAAAGUCAAGAGGUGAAGUUUCUGAUGUCUUGAUGAACUUUCCAUUCCUAAGGGUAAGAGUAACUGGUGCUUUGCGUAAUUAAGACCAAAAGUAUGUUACUUGAACUUCUUUUAUGGUUUUGCAACCGGGCAAACAAGCUAUUUUGUUUUGCUGUUACGUUGAACUAGCUCCUGAAAUAUAGGAAUGCAGAAGGCUGAAACUAGCUUAUACAUUAAUGGCUAGGUUAGUGUAACUCUUCUAUGUUGCCUGCUAUGUCAGCCUCAUCAUUUUGCUUAUAAGAUGAGCUGCAAAUGCGUAGUAUUGUAUUUGUUGUAUAUAUAUGAUUAUAAGUAGAUAAAGUAUAUAUUUUUCAUCUUUC